AGCAUGCGCACUGCUGAUGUGUUAGUCCGUUCAGACCCGGUCACCCAGCUGUGGUCGGGUCCGGCUAACAUAAUCUCCUUUCCGGAUACCAGAGUCCAGUAAAAUACCUGCUCGUUUAGGAGGUCAGGAGGUGGUUGCCAUGGAACCGGCAUGGCGACAGCAGGGCAGGGGGCGUGGCCGGAACCAGGAGCCUCAGGCUGAAAGGUCACGUCCCCAGCAGAAGGACAAGGAAAGACCGGGCUCUGGUGCAGGACGAGGACAGAGGACAAAGACUGACCCCACUCCAGAACCUCCACAAGGAGAGUCAGUCCAGUCCAAGUUCGAGGAGAUCCGAAAGUCUAAUCAGGCUGCUGCAAGGCGGCUGGUAGAGAGCCACAUCAGCUCCUCUUCUGAUGAAGAUGAUGAGAUCAAUGAUGGGGACGGUCAGGAUGGACAGAGAGGGAAGAUCCUGGCGUCCACCUUCACCACAUACACGGACCAGACAGGUGGAGACGCCACCGGUCUGGUCCGGACCGGUCAGUACGUCAGCGACCUGUUCCAGUCCGGAGCUCUAACCUGUCUGAUCUGCAUCGCUUCGGUCAAGAGGACGCAGCCGGUGUGGAGCUGCUCCGGAUGCUUCUCCCUCUUCCACCUGCCCUGCAUCCAGAAGUGGGCCAGAGACUCGGUCUUCCUCGUCUCCUCCGUCACCGACGAAGACUUCGGGCAGAAGCAGCAUCCCUGGCCCUGUCCAAAGUGCCGUGUAGAAUAUCCACCCGGCUCCACGCCCUACAGGUACAUGUGUUACUGUGGGAAAGUGCAGGAUCCUCCAGCUGAUCCCUGGUUGGUUCCUCAUUCCUGCGGCUCCGUCUGCCAGAAGGAGCUGAAACCCACCUGUGGUCACACCUGUCUGCUGCUCUGUCACCCCGGUCCCUGCCCUCCAUGUCCGAAGAUGGUGUCGGUGGCGUGCAUGUGCGGGAAAGCUAAGCCCCUCCCCCGCCGCUGCAGCAACAAGGCCUGGUCGUGUCAGCAGCAGUGUGGCAAGUUGUUGGCCUGCAAGCAGCACGCCUGUUCGCAGCUGUGCCACACAGAGUGUUCUCCGUGUCCCAGAGUCAGCAUCCAGAGAUGUGUGUGUGGUCGUGAGAAGGCGGAGAGGCCGUGUGCCAGUGCACGCUGGAACUGUCAGCAGGUGUGUGGGUCUCCGCUCUCCUGUGGGAAUCACACCUGCGAAGUCGUGUGUCACGACGGAGCGUGUCCCCCGUGUCCUCGCUCCGUCAGCAGAUCCUGUCCCUGUGGCAAGAACAAGUCGUCUCUGCCCUGCACGGAGGAAGUGCCGCCAUGCGGCGACACGUGCGACCGCCGUCUGUCGUGUUUGAAACACACCUGUUCGAUGAGGUGUCACCGAGGGAGCUGCGAGACCUGCAGACAGGAGGUGGAGAAGGAGUGCAGGUGUGGACGCUACAGGAAGCUGAUGCCCUGCCACAAGGAAUACCUGUGUGACUCCAAGUGUCCCAAAACCAGGAACUGUCAGAGACACCAGUGCAGGAGGAAGUGUUGCCCAGGCAACUGCCCCCCCUGUGACCAGAACUGUGGUCGGACUCUGGGAUGUCGGAACCACAAGUGUCCCUCCGUCUGUCACCAAGGUAGCUGCUAUCCCUGUCCAGAGACGGUGGAGGUCCGCUGCGCCUGCGGAUCGGCCGUUUUGGUUGUCCCAUGUGGUCGAGAGAGAAGCACCAAACCUCCUCGCUGCAGAGAGACCUGCAGGUGUCCUCCUUCCUGCCACCACCCGAGCAGAGAGCCUCACCGCUGCCACCCGGGCCCCUGCCCCCCCUGUAAGCAGCCCUGCCUACUGACGCUGCCCGGCUGCAGCCACACCUGCCCUCAGCCCUGCCACGACCUGGUUCUGGUCAAGUCCCAGCAGGUUCAGUUGGCGGGUCCGUGGGAGCAGCCGUCUGAACCAGCUUUUAUGAAGAAAGCUCUGCCGUGCCCACCAUGCCAAGUACCCAUACCAACGGCCUGUUUUGGAGAACAUGAGGUCAGCCCGGUGCCGUGUCAUCGGCGAGGACGGUUCUCCUGCAAACGGCCGUGUGGACGACCGCUGACCUGCGGGAACCACCGCUGCACCAAGGAGUGCCACCUGGUUGCCAGCGGCAACGAGUGCCAGGUGUGUGAGGAAGGCUGCAGCAAGCCCCGCCCCCCCGGCUGUCCCCACACCUGCCCGCUCCCCUGUCACCCCGGUAACUGCCCGGCCUGCAGCCAGAUGAUUCGCCAGAGAUGUCACUGCAAGAUCAGCAUGCUCUACGUGGAGUGCACGAAGUUGACGUCAGCUGAUGGACAGGUGAAGGUCCAGCUGGGUUCCUGCAACAACCAGUGUCCCAAAGAGCUGAGCUGCGGCCAUCGCUGUAAGCAGGUGUGUCAUCCAGGUGUGUGUGAGGAGAAGUGCUCCCAGAGGGUGAAGCUCCGAUGUCCCUGCAAGAGGAUCAAGAAGGAGUUUUCCUGCUCUCUGUCGGGUCAGGGUGUCGUUCAGUGUGACAGCGUCUGCAGAGACCAGCAGAAGAAAGUCAGCCAGCUGAAGGAGGCGGAGCAGAAAGCAGCUGAGGAGGAGGAGCAGAGGAAGCUUCAGGUCAGUCUGUUUUCUAGGAUCAGGACUAAUGAUGCUGGGAUCCAUUUUCACACCUAAAUGAGUAAAGUAUUCAUAUUUUUCAUGUGGGGCUGGAGAGGAAAAAUGACAGGAAGGGGCAUGAAGCCAUCCAUCCCUGGUAUGAGUCAAGGAACCGCCGCAACGUAAAAUAGACCCGAUAGUCAUCUGCAUAGAAACGUAACACCGUGACAGGGCCAAGAACGGAGCCUUGUGGUACUCCCCCAGUGGUCAAACCAUUAAUCAGGACAUAGAAACUCCUGUCAGAAAGGUCGGACAUGGACCAAUGUAGAGCUGAACCAGUGAUGCCCACCCACAGCCAGGAGAGGACAACGUCCUGGUCCACUCCCACCCGUGGCCAGGAGAGGACAAUGUCCUGGUCCACUUCCCAGAAUCCAUUGCUAGAGAUCUUUCAUUGAAGACCUUUAACAGAGUAGAUACCGUGCUGUGGUACAGUUUAAACCCAGACUGGGACAGUUUUAUGUUCAUUCAGGAAGACCUGCAGCUGGCUGUAGAGAACUGUUACCAGUAAGUUUGUCUACGAGAGUUCAGACUGUGUUGAAGAACAAGAAAUAUUCACUUUCAGGCUCCUUAAAACUGGGCCGGCUCUGGUUCUGACUCAUUUUCUGGAUUGAACAAGUUUCUGUGAAUAAUUGGAGACGUUUCCAGUUUUCAUAGAAGUAAAGAAGUGAGUCUGGAUCUGGACUUUAUCCAUGUUUAUUCUGGUUCUAGGUAUAUUUAUUGAAGUAUCUAUAAUAACUGAAAUGAAGUGACGGGUGAGUCUCAUCAGUUCAUCCACCUGUAGCAGGUAUCAAACUUCCAGCUCAUGCUGCUGUAAUGUCUGUCAAGCCGGCUUCAUGCUGACCCUCACCGCUGGCUUCGUUUCCAGAGACGAGGCUCAGAGCUUCGUCUUUACUCCAUGUGCACCUCCAGAGAGCGGAACUGGUUGAUAUGUACCUCACUGGGACGCGUAUCUGCUGCAGGUACAUGUCGGUCCGGAUGUUAUUAAAGAGGAUUUAGAAGGAAAUCAGAGUUCAGGUUUUCCAGCUCUGAGCUGAAAAUCCCACCGUGCUGUCACAGCUGUACAGAUGUUAAUGCAAGAAUCUGUCUCCAUGGUGACGGUGAUGAUCAGAGCCGCUGUGUGUCUGCCUUCAGGAGGAGCUGGAGGCGUUCGAGAAGAAGCGAGGAGGUCGGAGGAGCAAGAGGAGGAGGAGGGAGGAGGUGGACGAUGAGGAGGGGAGGAUGGGGUGGAGGAGGUGCGCCGCCUUCGUCCUCGUCCCGCUGGGCGGCGCUCUGCUGUCGGCCGCCGCUUACUACCUGCUGAGCACGGCCUGAGCGAUGCUUUUCAUCAGCAGAUCUUCAGUUUUCUCCGCUGCCGUACGAAUCAGGAUCAGCUCUGUAUGUAACGAUGAAAAGCUCCUGAUUUCACCCAGUCAGACGUCUUUGUUUUAUGUUAAAAUCCAGAGUGGCCGAUGCAUCAAGCUCAGUGUUUACUUUGUGCUGAAUUGAUGAAAUAAUUCAGAUUUUUGGAUUAAAAAAAAUCUAAAUUUAAGUUUUUUCUCCAUUUUGAAAAUUAAAAGAAUGAAACCUGUAAAAUGGAUUCUUUGAUGA